CGCAGCGAUCGUGCCAAAAGAAAACACAAAGGCGACACCUUUACAGGUCGAACUUAGAAAAAAAAGCUUCGGAUUCCUCAUCCGUGGAGGACAUCUCUCUCUCGAAUUCUGUUUCCCCUCACUAAUAUUCAAAUCUUGGAUCAGUGGGUUCUUUUUCGCAGAGAUCGGGAUCUCGAAAGAUGCGGCGAAAUUGCUGCCAUGUCUCGUUCGCUUCCCUUCUCAAAAUCCUCAAUUUCGUGCAAGCGUUCUUCGGCGUGUCGAUCAUAAUCUACUCGGUAUGGAUGCUCGAUCAAUGGAACCGUCGUGUCCCCGUGGAUCCUCCUCCUCCAUCGGCUUCUUCUCCGGAUUCAUCCCCUUCGUUCUCGAAUUAUGAUCUCGGCAAUCUCGUGUCGGGUUUCGUUUUCGGGUCGGGUGACGGUCCCGGGUUCAAUCUCCAUUCGAUGGACCUCCCUGCUCCAUGGUUCAUCUAUUCUUUUAUGGGGGUUGGCAUUUUGGUCUGCAUCGUCACUGUCAUCGGUUUCAUCGCAGCUGAAGCUAUCAAUGGCUGUUGCUUGUGCUUUUACUCUAUCCUAAAAACUGUGCUCAUUCUACUUGAAGCGGCCCUUGUUGGGUUCAUAGCCAUUGAUCGUCACUGGGAAAAGGAUCUUCCUAAUGAUCCAACUGGAGAACUCGACAGUCUUCGAGCUUUCAUCGAGGAAAACAUCGAUGUAUGCAAAUGGGUCGGGAUUGCUGUGGUGGCGGUCCAGUUACUGUCAUUGCUACUAGCGAUGGUCCUUAGAGCAAUGGUUUCAACCCGAACUUCUGAGCUCGAUGAAGAGGAAGAAGACUACGAGAACCCAGGGAGAAGAGCGUGGGACCCUCUUCUCGGCUCACAGGCAAACCAGGCGUCUGCUGGGACGAGCAAGAUCGACAACUGGAGCUCCCGGAUGAGAGAAAAGUAUGGACUGAACAACGGCCUGAGCCAGAGUCCAUCCAUGAAUGCCAAAGCCAAGUAGACAACAGAAAAAUGGUCAGAGCUUCCGCGUCCAUCUAUAUAUAUACGUAUCUGCGUUUUGGUCCAUCAAUAUGGUGACUUUGGUCUCUUGUGUCUUACUCUUUGUAAGUUUGGGGUGUGCAUAAGAAGUUUACACAGAUGUAUGUUUAUCUCCUAAUCCCUCUCUCUCUCUUUGUGUUCUGUUCUGAAACUCUGUUUAAGACAGCAGCCUUUGCCUC